AUGUCAUCAAAUGGCAUCGUUGUGUCCUCACUUUUCAACUCGUCAUUGGGUUCCCUUGCGGUCAUAAAUCUCCCGGAUAACAGUAUUUCUCAAUUCACCAUUAAUUUCAUUCCCUCUUCGACGCCUACACGGUUCGAUCUGCAAUCUCUCGUCAUAGCAGUCCCAGCAGACGCUGUAAUCACAUCUUUCCUGCCAUCUCAAUCAUUACCACCUUCGAUAGCUUUGCCGACAUUCAGCACCACAGCAAGCAGUACAUCCGCGUCAGCAAGCCCAACGACGUCAACUUUUACGGCGCACUCGAAUAAAAAGAUGAUUGCUCAAGCUGUAGGUUUGACAGUAGGCUUGGGUCUGGGCCUUACGGCCGUUGCUGUCAUGGCAUUCUAUUACUGGCGGCGACGUCGGCGUCAGCACGACGCGGUAUCUAUGCAAGACGCACGCUCUGGCUGGACAGGCGAACGGCCUCGCAGGUUUCCGUAA